AUGUCAGUCCAGGGUGCAAGUCAAUUCAGCCGUAAGCGACCGCAUUGCUUUCCCUCUCCCCAGCAAAUCCCUAAUACGUACGGGCCAGCGAACUUUACUCCUCCUGGCUCUGGAGUCCCCGCCACCCAGAUGCAAUCAAACUACCAACAGCCGCAACCGCAUAUGGCCCCCCAACAGGUCGCUCAGCAGAACAACUAUGCGCCCCCAAGCAGCUCAAACCACCCCGCGACUGGCGAAGGCUACUACUGGGCAGAACUAGACGGCCAGCCAGGCAUGCCCCACUCUCCCAGAAUCGCCGAUCAACUGGCCCAGGCUGCCAUCAACUUGAUGAACGCUGUUGCUAACUGGAUUAACUCGCGAACAAAAAAUGAUGAUUCGAAACUGCGGUUGUGUGCCCAACUUGUUGCACAAGAUAAGCAAUACCGCAUGGGAGAGGGAAGUACUUUCCCUGAUCAGCAAAUGAAUUGA